AACACGCAACAAAGUGGGCGAGGCUGUGUCGCGCGGCUUCACGGAAGAGAAGGAGUUGUGGUAGUAGAGUGUUGUUGCCAUGCCGUCGAAACGCUGUUAUUUUCACCCCGAUUGCAAGUCUUUUGUGUUUGGCCUUCCUAGGGACACUGGACUUCGGGAACAAUGGUUAAAAUUUAUAUUUAAUUCUGUUCCUGACCAUUAUAAUCCUAAUUUAGCUGUAUGUGCUACACAUUUCACGCAAGGUAGCUUCCAGAACGUAAACGAGUUCAAAGCUGGAUUUGCACGAAGGUUAUUAUUGAAAGAUGGAGCAGUCCCCACUUUAAAAGAUGAAGCUGCUGUUUUUGGGCCCCAACCUUACAGCCCAAAAGUUCGCUUGUGUGCUGAGCAUUUUACGAAGGACAGCUUCCUGAACCUGGGAGAAUACAACGCCGGUUAUACACAAAGACUACUUCUAAAAAAUGGAGCAGUUCCCACUUUGGUCGGACAAUCUGGCGCUUCUGAAUCAAAACGUCAAAAAUCCGCAAUGAUUGAUCUUCAGUACUCUCUUCAGUACUCUCUGAUGGCUCCAAGGAGAAGUACCAAGAAUGGUGUGGAGGACAGCACAGGCAGUAGUGAUGAAGAUAUGGAUAUCUGUGACCGGGACAGUGUGGCCAGCAGUGUGGACAGCACAGCAGAGGAAAUGUUUAUGGAUGGACUUGACUCGAUUCUAGAUCAACCUUCACCUGACCUCUACCCACCAGAGGAGGACUGUGAUUCAGAGGCCAGCCAACAGCAGAGAAAGAGAUUCCGUCUGUCUUCCCCAUCUUCUGCUGCUGAUGGAGGUGGCAGAGAGAGUGGAAAUUAUAAUUUAUCUGGUGUAUCAUCAGAAAGGUGGCACAAUUCAGAUGAAGCAGAUGUUGAACCGCUUCAGCUGGACUUCAGUCCUGUCCAAGAACCUGGGCCAAAGUUUUUACCGAUCAUGUCAUCCUCCAGUGGUCCACUGACUGAGGAGCUUCAGUGCUCUAUAUGUCUGAACGUGUUCACUGAUCCAGUCAGCACUCCAUGUGGACACAACUUCUGCAGGACCUGUCUGAAUAAACACUGGGACGACAACCAGACCUGCAACUGUCCAUACUGUAAAGAAACAUUCAAGCAAAGACUUGAUAUCAAGAUGAAUACCACACUCCAAGAGCUCGUAGAUCACUAUAAAAAAAGUCCUGAGAAAAAACCUGAAGUUCUGUGUGACAUCUGUGAGGAAAGAAAGCUGAAAGCCCUGAAGUCGUGUCUGGUGUGUCAGAGCUCUUACUGUGAAUCUCACCUGGAGCGUCAUUUGAGAGAGGCAGCUUUAAAGAAACACAAAUUGAUCAAUCCUACGAGUAAUCUGGAGGACUAUAUAUGUCAGAAACAUGAGAGACCUCUGGAGCUGUUCUGUAGAGAUGAUCAGACAAUGGUGUGUCUGUCCUGCACUGACGGAGAUCACAAGAACCACAUAACUGUUUUUUUAGAAGAGGAGAGUGAAGCGAAGAAGACUCAACUGAUGAAGACACAGAAAGAUGUGCAGCAGAUGAUCCAGGACAGAAUCAAUAAGAUUCAAGAAGUCAAACACUCAGCAGAAGUCAGAAAAAGAAACACAGAAAAGGAGAAAGCAGCCCAUGUUGAGCUCUUCACUGGUCUCAUCCGCUCCACUGAGAGAUGUCAGACUGAACUGCUGGAGAUGAUGGAGGAGCAGCAGAAAGCAGCAGAGAAACAGGAGGAAGAGCUCAUUGAAGAUCUGGAGCAGGAAAUCACUGAGCUAAAGAUGAGAAACACUGAGCUGGAGCAGCUCUCAAACACUGAAGAUCACCUCCAAGUCCUACAGAUCUACUCAUCCCUGUCUAGCUCUAGAAACACCAGGAACUUGUCUGAGAUCAGUAUGAAGACUGAUGAGUGUCUGGAGACUCGGAGGAGAGCUCUGACUCAACUGAAGGACACUCUACAGGAGAAACACACGCAAAAUGAGCUGAAGUGGAUGCAGCAGUAUGCAGUGGAUGUGACUCUGGAUCCUGAUACAGCUCAUCCAAACCUCAUUCUGUCUGAUGAUGGAAAACAAGUGGAAUGUGGAGACAUUUGGCAGGAAUUCCCAGACAAACCAGAGAGAUUUGAAAAAUAUGGAGUUGUUCUGGGAAAGGAGAGAUUCUCCUCAGGGAGAUUUUAUUUUGAAGUGCAGGUCAAAGGAAACCCUGAAUGGGCUUUAGGAGUGGCCAGAGAAUCCAUUAACAGGAAAGGAAAACUCAAACUGAGUCCCAAUAAUGGAUGCUGGUCUGUGAUUCUGAGGAAGGAGAAUGAAUAUAGUGCCUGUGCUAGUCCCUAUGUCUCUCUGUGUCUGAAAGUGAAGCCACAGCAGGUCAGUGUGUUUGUGGAUUAUGAGGAGGGUCUGGUCUCCUUUUAUGAUGUGGAGUCCUGCUCUCAUAUCUACUCUUACACUGGUCAGUCUUUCACUGGGAACCUCUAUCCAUUUUUUAGCCCAGAACCUAAUGAUAACGGUAAAAACUCAAGCCCACUGAUCAUCACACCUGUCAAUUACAAUAAAUGAAUUUACACCCCUAAUAUGAAGAUGAAAAUGAUUAUUACAAUUAAAAAUCCACAUUUAAAUGCUUGUUUUAGAUUUUAAAAAAUUUCUACGGUUCCCACAGGCUGAAUCAGUUCAAUGUGGUACAUAGAUUGUAUUGCGCCAAAACUAAUUUGAGUAAAAUAUGCCUAUAAUUCUAUUUUUCCAGUUUGUGACAGAUGUGAAAUAGAAGAGGGCUCUUUGUCAUACAUGUUUUGGUUAUGUUCAAAACUGUUUGGACUGCUAUCUUUGACUUUUUUCCAAAAGCUUUUCAAAAGGAGAUCAAUCCUGAUCAUGGCCUUGUGAUUUUGGGAUCCUGAGACAUUAAAAACUCUUCCAAGCUUUCAGCAGCAACCUCUAUUGAUGUGCAUGAUUCUUGCUAAAAAAAAAAAAAUUCUUCUGAACAGGAAGUCUUCAGACUCUCCAUGUUUCAAAGCUUGGUUGCAUUAAUUGCGUCAUACAACUGGAAGGUAUAUGUUCUUUAGAACCUAAAUUCACAGCCAAUUUCAAACUGUAUGGCAGCCCUUCCUGAAUAAAGUAUCAGUAAUGCUAUUCCUGUAUUAAUUCCCCCAUCUCCCCGCCCCUUUUUAUUUCUUUCUUAUUUUUUUCUUUUGAUUCAGUUGAUUACUGUUGCUAAGGUGAUUUUGUAUUGUUCGGUCACUCUUGCAUUUUUUUCUUUCUUUCUUGGUUUGUAUAUUAUGUAGAAACUCAAAAUA